AGCAAGUGGUCGUGAAGAGAAGAUAUGUGUUUGCGUUGCAAUCGAAAUUAUAACGAUUUUGUAUUUUGAACCAGUAACAAUCAACAAACUUGGAAAGAAAACAAUAAUGAAUCAAGACUCGAACAAUGCCUUUUUCUACUUGAUAGUGCAAUCAACUUGUCGUUGUGAUUAGAAUUUGAUUUUUUGAGUGAAGUGAUGCAACUCGUCGAGGUUAUGUUGUCGCAAGUGACGUCAUCGUCGUGAAAAAUCAUACGAUACUUCGUUCUGUGCGCUGAUUGGUGGAAAUCAUCGGUGAUCUGAUGGUGAUUUGCGACUGUCGCACUCCGUGCUGUGUUUUGCUCUCAUUUCACCAUCGGCGGAUGAUUGACCGCCCUUCGAAGAAUUGCUGGAAAUAGCAGUUUCCAAGCGAAAAAAACUACUGACAAGUUUCUAGCUGAGAGUUAGUACAAAUCUAUCUUGAUCAACAAACAAACAAACAAACAAUGGAUGGUCGAGACGGGUGGGGUAGUUUUCAGUCUGAAGACUCCCUGGGAAUGGAUAUCGGAGAAAGUGUCUUGAAGGGGGACGAGCUGGAUAUCAAUGAUAUUGCUGACAUGUACCAGCUGAACGAGGAAAGAUUAAUGAACAUUAUGGGUGAGGAUUUCCUUAGCCAGUAUAGCUGGCAGGAUAAUGUGAUGGAUCAAUCGGACUCGGUUACCUCUCCUUUGUUGGGUUCCCUGAACAAUUCUGGUACACCUUCAUUGGAUAUAAAGCAGGAAGAAUCUGAGAUGUUACAAAACAGUUGUAUUCAACAACAACAGCAACAGCAGCAACCACAACAACAGCAGUUUUAUUGUAAUCUCGUUUCCAGUGAUCCGAUGAUAUCGGUUAGUAGUCCAGGAUCGAAGCAGAAGCUAUCGCCGCUACAAAUGAGCACUUCUCCGUCGGUCAAACAGGAAUCGGUUUUAAUUCAUCAAGUACCAGUGACGGUAACUAGUGCUGUAUCUGCGGCAACUGUUUCUCCGGCACCGAUAAUUUUAACACAAAACCGCGCUAACAUUGCAGCCAACGCAUCAACAUUUGUGCUGCCAAAUCCCGGAACCCGUAACGGUUACUCGUACGUCAAAUCAAUUGCUCCAGCUGUCAGUUCCCGCACGUCCUCUUCAAAUGUCCCCGCAAAUAUUUUACCGGCGAACCUCCGUGUUAAGAAUCUUUUAACAACGAAAACAACAACCGUAGCGGCACCCACAACAACAACAGCCGCUGCCAUACCGGUGAUGCAGCAGGUUAUCACUUUCCAGAGUGGCGACAAGCAGGUUUUACUACAGGCGAAUCCAACGACCGUCGUGACGGCUAACACACAGAAUAUUCACACCCUGGUAAAUACCCCGAACGGUUCGAUUUUUACGACCGGAAUCCCGUUGGUACUGGAUUCGUCCGAAAAUCAAGGAAAGCUUCAAAUCAAUCGCCUCCCACAACCAGCCCAUCAAUCCGCUGCUUCGGCGGGUAGUCCGCAGCCAAAAGUAAAGGAGGUCAAACGAUCCGCUCAUAAUGCUAUCGAACGGCGCUACCGGACUUCCAUCAAUAGCUGCAUUAUCGAGUUGAAAAACAUCGUCGUCGGUGUCGAUGCCAAGCUCAACAAAUCGGCCAUCCUGCGAAAGGCUAUCGACCACAUUCGCCAUCUGCAGAAGCAAAAUAACAAUCUCAAACAGGAGAACAUGUACCUGAAGAUGAAAAUGACAAACCGGAAGCAGUCGUUGAAAGAACUGCUGGUUUCGAAUGCUUCCGAUGAAAUGGUACCGGUUCAAGGUCCGAUAACUCCACCCCGCAGUGACGAAUCAAAUCCAUCCUCAUCUCCGUCACACAAUUCGGACAAUUCAAUGCCACCGUCUCCCUUUGGGACAAACUCAUCGACUGGCAUGGAGGAAUCCCUAGCCGAGGAAGAUCUUAUGUCUAGCGUUCGUGGAAUGUCGGCUCAUUCCCGACUGACACUGUGCAUGUUUAUGCUUGCCGUUCUGGUGAUUAACCCUUUCGGUAGCUUUCUUUCACGUCACACAGCCGAUGAGGAAAUCGAUCCUGGCACUAGCCGUCGAAUUUUGGCUGUAGAUGAACCAUUUUUCUCCUGGAACAGUUUAUUGUCGUCGAUUGUGAUUCUCCUGGCUAACUUUAUGCUGCUUGCUUUCGGUUUGAUCAAAAUGCUCGUGUAUGGCGAUCCGAUUCUGCCGGCCCGGUCCAAAGCGUCCACCGAAUACUGGAAACACAAGAAACAGUCGGAUUUGGAUUUCGAUCGGGGAAACAUUGUCGCAUCGUUGCAGGAAUCGAAACGUUGUCUAGCUAUUUUUGGAGUGUCCAUUCCGAACAAUCGACUGGAAACCGUCACCACGACCUGCUGGCAGUUUGUACGGAUGUUUCUGCAUCGUAUCUACAUCGGAAGAUGGCUGUCCCGUCGUACUGGUGGUCUUCUCAAACCGGAAUCCCAACGCAUCGAUGCAUUGAGCUCGGCCAAAGAACUUGCCCUACUGUUCCACCGGUUGAAUCAGCUGUACCUGGUGUCCGAUGAGCCGGAAGCGAACGGAUUGAUGAUGUCACUGUAUGCGGUCAAUAUGGCGGAGGCUGCUGCCAGCGUAACAUCGCCCGAGGAUAUGAUCGAAAUCUACAUAACCGCAGCUUUGCGUGUGAAGAAAAGCUACCCUCGGUACAUGCACUACUUCUGCCGGUACUACCUGGCCAAAGCGAAGCAGGUUUGCAGCGAGUGUGACCACGUACCGGGCAAGUUUGGAUGGGCGUUCACGUCCUACGGAUUCCGUUUCCUGACCAACCACGCCGUUCGUUUCGAGGAUCAUCCCGAUUCCUUGUUUGCCAUGCUGGGAAAUAAGGCCGACCCGCUGGAGUAUAUGAUGAGGGACUACCGUGAGAACCUAUUGCAGAAGUCUAUCCAGUGUCUGGUCGGUUCCGGUCAGAUUAGUCGGAAGCAUGCGAACUUGGCUUUUGCACAACAGUCGCAGACUGUUGCCACCGCCACCGGAAAGGAAUCCACCAAGGACGACCAGUCGGACAAUGGAAAAACGUCCACACCGGCUUGCUAUCCCUAUUCGGGUUGCCAGAUCAGUAACGUGUUGCACUUUACGCAGCUGCUGCUGGACAGUUUGAGUGUGGAGAAACACCCGGUAACCUUUGACCGGUGCAUCAUCAGUGGAAAUUGCUGUCAGGAUCGGUUGGCCCACUGGUGGUCCAGUUUACUCAGUAUUGCCGCCUAUUGGCUGCUGGGCGAGGAAGGUGAAACGGAACGGUUGUACUCUCACAUCGAAAAUCUUCCACCGGAGUUGGCCAAGGGAGAGGACACCCUACCGAAGGCUCUGUUUGCAGCUUUCCAAGCUAAACGGGCGCUUCUAAACAAACCGCACUACGACUCAGUAGCAGUUUUCCAGAGUUGCAACGCCGGAAGUCAGUUUUUGGAGGACAGUUUGACUACCAACAUUGGUAAGAGUCCGAUGAGAUUGAAAAUGUUGGCUCAACUGCUCGCCUGCGAUUGGUUGCUGGAAGCGCGUACCUCGUUGUGGGAAUCGGACAAUGAAAAGUUCCAAAGCCAAUGCGGAAACUACGUUCCGGUGUCGGGUGUCGUACUUGCAAAGUUUCAGAACGAUCUUAAUUCGUUGCGUAUCGUGACUAACGAGAUUCCGAAUGCUCAGUCGCGUCUGUUUUUGUACGAAGCUGUCUGCCGAUUGAUGGCUGGCGCAGCGCCGGGUCCAACACAGCAACUGCUGGGACACAGUUUGCGACCUCGCUACUCCCGUGCUUCGAUCAUCUGUAGCGGCAAGGACCGGAACGCUCAGCUAGAGGGAGGACGCGAACGUGCAGCCGCCCUGUACGUUGCCUGUAAGCAUCUUCCGGCACCUUGCCUAUCAUCGCCGGGCGAACGGGUCAGUAUGCUGCAUGAGGCGGCCAAAACAUUGGAAAAAAUUGGCGACAAAAAGCGUUUGCUGGAGUGCUACCAGCUGAUGCGCUCUCUGGGCAGUGGAACCGUCACGAACUAAAAUCAAGCUUUUUAAACAAUGUUGCGGAUUUGAUAUUGUUCUAUUUUUAUUGCUUAUUUAUUUAGUUUUGCCUAAUUUUUAAGAUACUUCAAAGAACAAUUUUAGUGCUUGGAGUGCUGAUAAGCAGUUUAUAAUUAAAGUCUUAAGCAUUUACGAUGUAAAUUAGGAUAAGAUUCACCUGUUGUAUACCUUAUUGAUUACAAUACAUGUGUCCCAGCAAUGCAGAAAAAAAAA